CCAAUCCGAAUAUGGAAAGAGGUUGGUGAUUAUACAAACCCAUAUAAUGCACCGGACAAGGCCACGAGUAGCCCUCCACAAGCGAGCACGAAGGCUAAGAAAAUAAUACUGAAACAAAAUAUUUGUUGGAGAACGGGAAUUAGGAAAGAGUUUUUGACGGUGCAGCAACCAAGCGGGAUCAGGAAUUCUGCUUUGCUAGACUUAUACACACGCUUAGGAUAUAAGAUAAACAGAGUUACGAUCAGCACAGGUGGUAUAUGUGACUCCAAACAAGAACGCAACUGA